AAAGGUCGAGCCACAAGCAAUCACAGUGACCAUGGACAUAAACACGGUAAAUUCUCUCUCAUAUGAGGAUUUUGUGCAGGUUUUCGGUAACGUUGUUGAAAAAUGUCCGUUGAUAUCCGCAGCAGUGUGGUCUCGCCGCCCAUUCACCGGUCUCUCGGACAUUGAGGCAAAUAUCGCAGAAUUUAUCGACAGUCUUCCUCGGUCAGGGCAAGAGGGCAUACUGAGAUGCCAUCCUGACCUAGCUGGUAAGGACCUCCAGAGUGGCACCCUGACACGCGAGUCUAAUGAGGAACAGAGUCAAGCGGGCAUGACCGCUCUGGAUUCUGUGGAGAUCAGCCGUAUGCGACAUCUCAACUCGGAGUACAAGAAGCGUUUUGGCUUCCCUUUCGUGAUCUGUGCGCGGAUGAACGACAAAGAAGCCAUCCUGCGUCAACUGAGCGAGCGCCUCACAAAUGAGCGUGAGACGGAGUUGGAACGCGCGAUAGACGAGGUGAAAAAGAUCUGUCGCCUGCGGUUAUACAAUCUUGUGUUAUCUGACACUCAGAAUAAACUGUGAAUCUGUGCAUCUCGCUCAGUUGUUGCCUCAAUACCUCCAAUAUUGCUUGCAAGGGAAGUUAGACUCCUCGUCUAAAGCAUCUUUUGAUCGAUGAAUCUGGUUCCGAUCAAAAGUUUCUCAGUCAAUCUCCUCCAUAUGUAAAACCAUUGCUGUCGUCGUUUAUUUGGUUCGUUUGCCAAUAAAGCGUUUACAACAA